CCGGACGAGCUCAAGAUGCGAAGGCACACACGGCCCCACAAGGUUACAAUAUCAACCCCUUCCAAGAAAGAGUUGCUUUGGCAUGAGGAUGGAUCGUCUACGUACAAAAGUGCCCCAAAAAUCGUAACUUUCUCCCCCAGGGGCGAGGGCGAGGGCGAGGGUGAGGACAAACACAAGGAUGACAAGAAACACAAAGAUGUAAGGAACGUCGACAUUAGAGAAAAGGGUAGAAAUGGUCAUAAAGUGAGCAAGAGUGAAAUUAGUAGCGUCGAUGAUGGUGAGGAAGACGAUUACGAUGAUGAGAGAAUGAUCGGGCAUGCCCCGAGCUCCCCUAGCUUUCGAGUGUAUUUCAAGGAUGAUGAAGAAGACAAACACAAUGACAUUGGUAGGCAUGAUGCCUUCAACAGUGCGAUUUCGGUUGGUGGUGCCGUCUCAUCAGAGGAGUCUGCUGAAAACAAAUCCCAGAGAGGAACAAAAGAGAAGAGUUUCUAGCAAGGUCGACUUUGUUCAGAAUUAUGAAAUUUGAUUGUUUAAUGUGAAAUAAUUAUAAGAUAGCAACUUAAAUGAUUAUUUCUUGUAAUAUUUCUGAUUUGAUAGCGAUUUCGCUAAUUAUCGAAGUUGAGAUUCCUCUUUGUAUUAUUCUCCUAGCCACGUAUUUUUGUGAGAUUUUACUUUUGA